CGGGCGGGGCCAGAGCUGGGGCGGCUGCCCUGAGCAGUAUUGGCUUGGGGUCGCGCUGCUCCGGUGCCGGCCACGUCCGCACGCCGGACCGCGGGCGCUUCCCCGCCGUCCCAGGGCCUCCGGGCCGCCGCAGGCCUGCCACGCCCGGAUGCAUCUUCUACCAGAGUGGAGCAUCUGCCUGGACCCCACGUGUGCCACAAAGCGUGCCAUGGCCUGGGAGUGCCCUUCAAAGCCGUCCUCGCCCCCUGCACAGCCAAACCUUGCCCGACAAGUGCACAGUGUCAAGCCCUCAGCCCCCCGAGGAAGAUGGCCCAGCCUGGGCACACGCCCCGAGCAGCUGCCUCUCAUUCCUCAGCCAAGCAGCAGGGAACUGUUAGCAGCCUGAGGAACGGCAGGCUGGGAGCCUCGGGCACUGCCCAGCCUUGCUCCCAGCUCACCUGCAAGAUGUGGACAGCCCUCGUGCUCAUUUGGGUUUCCUCCUGGUCCUUAUCUGAAAGCUACCGGACAACCCAGCAUCCACUCCUCAACAAGACGCUGGAGAAUUCAGAACAAAACUCAUCCGUGGAAACCAUUACAAGAGUCUUGAAUGAAACGUCUGCAAGAAUGACCUCAGUGACACCUUCUCCCAUCACGUUGACCAGAGGGACUUGGGGAGGCGACCCCACCUCUCCUGCGGUCACAGCAGGGACAACGCACAGGACAGAGGCAGGCGCGUCAGUGACGGCAGAAGGGACCCCUGACGGAGCCACCUCCAGGGUGCCCACGCCGCCCGUCCCGGCAUCUGCCUGGCGGACCCCGUCCUCACCCCACACACAGGCGCCUGGCAGGAGCACAUUGUCUGGGCCAGCGACGCGCACGACACCCACGCCGGCCACAGGUGCUCCCACAGCUGCUGCGGCCGUGGCAAGUGUAAGCGGCCCCUUGGGCUCGCACGGUCAUCCCGGGUACAUCCCAGGCCGCGCCACAGCCAGCCCCACGGUGCCCCUGAGUCCCCACACACUUAACGCGUCCAUACAGGGCCCCACUGUCCAGGCGCCGACGCCCCGGACUGCGGCUGACGCAGCAAGUAGGCCUGCGCCCACCCUCCUCAACACAACCCUGGAACGCGGCUCCCCCUCUUCGGCUUCCACAUCCAUGACAGUGGGGACCACGACCAAGGCCCCCCAGCCGGCUGCCAGCACAGCGCCAGCACCUGCCCCUCACACCAGCCCGGCCCCCCCGACACGGCCCAACCCCGUCACAUCCACUCCGGGGGCCGCGGGGCCAGGCACCCCUCAGACGCCGGAGCAGGACGAGCCUGGAUCCGCUCCUGGUACUGCUUCCAUGGGGCCGACCCCUGGGAGCUCAGGGGACUCCAAGGAGCCACCCACAGACUCGUGCCAGCUCAGCACCCAAGGCCGGUACCUGGUGGUCUCCAGCGAGCCCCUGGCCCAGUCCCCAGUGAACAAAAGUUUCCUCCUGGCAGUGCUCUUGCUGGGGGUCACCCUCUUCAUCACAAUCCUGGUUCUGUUUGCCCUGCAGGCCUACGAGAGCUACAAGAAGAAGGACUACACGCAGGUGGAUUAUCUCAUCAACGGCAUGUACGCCGACUCGGAGAUGUGAGGGGAGGGCGCUCGGCGGGCCUGGGACUGGGCCCUUCCCCUCCUUCCAUGUUGCCUCUGAGGCCAAACCAAGUGCUUCCAGAUUCUUUUGGUGCAAUUUAGGAGACAUGCCAUUUGCUUAAACACAUUUAAUCGUUGUCCGAUUAAUUCCACGAUCACUAAAGAGUUGCUGCUUUUUUCAUA